GAAACUGUCCUUUCAUCGUGAAGCUGCUUGUUAGAGAACACGUUUAAAUACAAGGAGGAGAAGGAGAUUCAGUGAUUAGCUGCUAAUGAAGAGAAGGAGCCUCAGGAAGCAGAGUUUUAAUGCACAGCAGGAAGUUCAGGUCUCACUUUUAAUCUUUGAUCCUAAUCAUUAUAUUCAUGUCAUCACAUAUUAACAGUAACUUCUUACUGGUGUUCUGCAUGUUUUUCCUCUUCAUGGUUUGAAUAUGCAAUUGUAGUUGCAGUUGUUAGAAGCCAUGGUCCAAGCCAAGACGUGGGUCCUGACCAAGUACUUCGAUGGCUUCCCGAAGGACAGCGACUUCCUGCUGAAGACGGAGGAGCUGCCCGAGCCCAAGGAUGGAGAGGUGCUUCUGGAGGCCGUGUUUCUCAGCAUAGACCCGUACAUGAGGCCGUUCAGUCGGGUUCGCAUGAAGGAGGGCGAAGUGAUGAUUGGAACUCAAGUGGCCAAAGUGAUCCAGAGUAAAAACCCAGCAUUUCCCGUGGGGAGCCAUGUGGUCGGGCGCUGCGGCUGGAGAACUCACACGCUCAGCGACGGCACGGACCUGAUUCCCAUCAUGGCCGAGUGGCCUCAGGACGUCUCGUUGUCUCUGGCUCUGGGGACCAUCGGCAUGCCAGGGCUCACGGCUCUGUAUGGCCUCGAGGAGGUGCUGGGACUCCAGAAAGGCGAGACGCUGCUGGUGAACGCCGCAGCCGGCGCCGUGGGCUCCGUGGUGGGCCAGAUCGCCAAGAUCAAGGGCUGCAAGGUGGUGGGCUCGGCUGGCUCUGACGCCAAGGUGGCCUUCCUCAAAGAGCUGGGCUUCGACGAGGCCUUCAACUACAAGACCGUCGGCUCGCUGGAGGAGGCGCUGAAGAAAGCAGCUCCGGAGGGAUAUGACUGCUUGUUUGAAAACGUGGGAGGAUCUUUUUCAAGCGUGGCCCUGCACCAGAUGAAGAACUUCGGAAGGAUCGCAGUGUGUGGGAGUAUUUCUGUGUACAAUGACUCCACACCUCAGGAGGGUCCGUACCCACAUCUCACCAUGAUCUUUAAGCAGAUAAAGAUGGAGGGCUUCAUGCAGUCCAGGUGGGAGCACAAAAACCCAGAAUCCCUCAAGAGACUGGUGGGAUGGUUGAAGGAGGGCAAAAUUCAGAGUCGGGAGCACGUGACAAAGGGCUUUGAGAAGAUGCCAGCUGCUUUCAUGGGGAUGCUGCAGGGAGACAACAUCGGAAAGGCCGUCAUCGCAGUCUGAACACGGGCUCGAGAACAGCGUUAGCAACAAUAACUAUCAUAUACAUUUAUACAUGAAGGAUGAGCAAUACACAGGCACAAGGAACAAGAGGCUGACCCAUCAGAUGAAGCUGAUAUUAGAGAGUAAAGCGUUUCUGGUAUUAAUAUAUCAGCUGAUACAUACAGGAUAAGAGAAGAAAAGGUUAGGCUUGAUAUAUUUACAGUUUAACCAUAAAAAAAAUGACAUCUGCAAAUGUAAAUGCAGAUUUGUCUUAAAGACUCAUAUCCGAUGAGGGUAAUCAAGCUCAACUACUAACCACAUAUUUUGAGAUUAGUAUGUUAAUGUUGAUUAUUUGAAUGUUUUUGUAGCCACAUCCAUAAAGCAUUAUAGAUGAAAACACUUGAUAUUGAUACUUUUUUUAAAUAUUAGUUGCAUUUACUUUUAGUUUAUUCGUUUUAAAGGUUUUCACAGCAGACAACGAUCCUCAUGUAUGAGUGUAUGUAAGUAGGGAGAGCCACAGGAUGGUUGUUUUGGUAAGAAAAUAGUCCCUAGCUGCUCUGUGUGGAUCUGCUGCUAAAACAUUCACUUACUGUUACAUAAUCAACCAGGUUCUUUCUAUUAAAUAAGCAUUUAUUAAGGCAAUAAAAGCUUUUUUUGAAUUCUC